CGUUGGGGAAGUUGCCUUCAAACUGAUCUGCGGUCGGUAGUUGAAACGCCAGCGCUGGAGGUGUUGGCAAAUUGACUGCGACCAAACUGACUCCAAGUCAGUACUUACUAAGGGCAGACGGGAACACAGGAAGUCGAACUUAGAACAACGGCGAUAAAGCUCUGUAGGCAUAACUUGCAUAGGUGCAGUCUGGUAUAGAGAACAGCCGGUGACUUAUUUUUCCUGGCCAGUUUGGCAGCUAGCUUGUGGCGAUGGACAAGCUUCGUCGUGUGCUAAGCGGCCGAGAUGAUAACGAGGAGCUGGGUCUCACUGCACAGGUCCUUGAUGCCAGCACUCUCAGCUACAGCACCAGGGUGAAAUGGUUCGUCAUAUGCUUUGCUGUAGGCAUCCUGUCUUCAAUACUUGGCACAGCAUUACUGUUCCUUCCAAAUGGCUUGAAGCUUUUUGCAGUCUUCUACACACUAGGGAAUAUUUCAGCUCUUGCCAGCACCUGCUUCCUAAUGGGACCACUAAAACAGCUGAAGCGCAUGUUUGAACCAACGCGACUGAUAGCAACCAUUGUUAUGCUGCUCUGCCUGGUCCUAACACUGUGUUCAGUGUUCUGGUGGGGUAAAAAGGGACUGGCUAUCAUCUUCUGUAUUCUGCAGUUUUUGGCAAUGACAUGGUACAGCAUCUCUUACAUUCCAUUUGCCAGGGAUGCUGUGAUCAAGUGCUUCACAACCUGUCUGAGUUAGGACGCUGCAGUCUACAGAGUCCUAUCAAGAUUGGUCCUGAUAUGCAAAUGCAAAAAAAGGCUUUGUAAAAUAUACAUGAUACUGUAUAUACACUAUAUUUCCAAAUUUUUAUUAUGGCUAUCAUACUGUGAAUUCUUGCUUUUUAAGUCUCACUAAAGGUCUCAUCAGAUAACAGGUAUCAGUCUUUUUGCUUUGAUGUGAGAGUAAUGGGUGCAUAUUGCUUAAUAUAUUUAAAGAUACUCCUGUAAUUUCUGAGUGUAUUUAUACCAUUUAAGUGCAGAAAAUUGACUCGUAUACAAAAUUAUACACAUCAAAAGUGCCUUCUAAGUAUUUGUGACAGGAAAACAGCAGUUCAAAUAUAAACCAACUUUUUUAUAUUUGCAUCUUGAGCAGUAUACAAAUUGUCAUCUGGCUUCCUUAUAUGCAAACAUUAUCAGAGCUGUGUGUGUGUGUGUAAACACUGUAUAAAGAAGCUUUCAGAUGCUAUUCCAUGUUUAUAUAUUUUCCCUGUGGCACUUGUGUCACUGCUUCACUGAUGAUGUGCUGAGAUAUGAUUUUUUAUUUUUUUUUCCCCUCUUCAGCUAAACAGAUUUAAAAAGCAGUCAGUCUUCAGUGUAAAUUUAGACUCACCAGCCUCCGUCAUCAAAUGACGCUUCUCCAUGUUUUAGGUUGAUUUCCUGCCAGAUGUAGCAGUGACCCCAGUUAAUUACGCUUUUCUGAGCAUUGUGAUUUUUACGUGACCCAAUAACCCAGCGUAGCGGGCGUUGCGUUCCCCUGUACUGCUUCAGCGUGAUGGUGUAGCCUUUGAGGAUGUGGUUGUCAUGACAACCUCCUCAGAAAGACUCAUAACCUCUGUCUACCCCCAUUUGUGGUGCAGAUGUUCACAUCCUACUGACAUGGUGUAUUCCUUUUUUCUUCUUUUAUGGGCUUCUUGGGCCAACAGUCUUAAUUCUCUCACCAUAUUUGGAUUUAAGAUAAAAUGUGCUUCUCUAUUAACUGCAGAAUUUUGCUCAAGAACAUGCAUCAAGGUUUUUUUGUUUUUUUUUAUUGCUUCAUCUGAUUAAAUAAUUCCAUUUCUUUAUUCAUCUCACUGCGCCUGUAUAUUUAUUAGACACUUGUGUGUGUUGUUGGAUUAGCAUGGACAAAAUCUCCCCUCAGUACUUGUUGUUCAUCUAACUUAGCAAAGACCCAGCGAAGUAAUCUUGGGGAUAAAAAGAAUUCUUUGAAAUGAGAGGGGUUGUUGUGUUUGUAUCCGAUUGGUUUUUCUGUAGCGGCUGUUUUUGGAUUACACCAAAGUUUGAAGAUGAAGGGGAAAGACCCUGAUCCCAGCAAUCUGUUGGUGUCCCAACUGUUUCCUCUUCAUUAUGUCUAAUCUGUUGUGUCAGAGAACAGGGCUCAUGCCUCAACAAGCACUGAAAUUAAACAAGUCUGUGUCUUUACUUCAGCUUAAUUAUCUAAAUUGUCUUGCAAAGAUGAAUAAAUAACUUGGCCUGUG